GGGAGACAGAGCAGCGAGCGAAGGCGUCGGCCAUUUUGUGGAUGUUUCCUGUGGGACGCGGUGGUGGCAGUUGGGUCGGAAGAGUGAGCUGUUCUUCACGUCGUUUUUUUCCUGUUUGUUUUCUCGUCUUUUUGUCAGUAGAGCGCAGUUAUGGGUCGCAAGAAGAAGAAGCAGUUGAAGCCAUGGUGCUGGUAUUGUAAUAGAGAUUUUGAUGAUGAGAAGAUCCUUAUACAGCACCAAAAAGCAAAGCAUUUUAAAUGCCAUAUAUGUCAUAAGAAAUUGUAUACAGGACCUGGCUUAGCUAUUCAUUGCAUGCAGGUGCAUAAAGAGACAAUAGAUGCAGUACCAAAUGCAAUACCUGGGAGAACAGACAUAGAGUUGGAAAUAUAUGGUAUGGAAGGUAUUCCAGAAAAAGAUAUGGAUGAAAGAAGACGACUUCUUGAACAAAAAACACAAGCAGAGAGUCAAAAAAAGAAGCAGCAAGAUGAUUCUGAUGAGUAUGACGAUGAUGACUCUGCAGCUUCGACUUCAUUUCAACCGCAGCCUGUUCAGCCUCAGCAAGGUUAUAUCCCCCCAAUGGCACAACCAGGACUACCACCGGUUCCAGGAGCACCAGGAAUGCCUCCAGGCAUACCUCCAUUAAUGCCAGGUGUUCCUCCUCUGAUGCCAGGAAUGCCACCAGUUAUGCCAGGAAUGCCACCUGGAUUGCAUCAUCAGAGAAAAUACACCCAGUCAUUUUGCGGUGAAAACAUAAUGAUGCCAAUGGGUGGAAUGAUGCCACCUGGACCGGGAAUACCACCUCUGAUGCCUGGUAUGCCACCAGGUAUGCCCCCUCCUGUUCCACGUCCUGGAAUUCCUCCAAUGACUCAAGCACAGGCUGUUUCAGCUCCAGGUAUUCUUAACAGACCACCUGCACCAACAGCAACAGUUCCAGCUCCGCAGCCUCCAGUUACUAAGCCUCUUUUCCCCAGUGCGGGACAGAUGGGGACACCUGUAACAAGCUCAAGUACAGCUUCAUCCAAUUCAGAAAGUCUGUCUGCAUCUUCUAAAGCUCUGUUUCCUAGCACAGCACAAGCUCAGGCAGCUGUCCAGGGACCUGUUGGUACAGAUUUCAAGCCCUUAAAUAGUACCCCUGCAACAACUACAGAACCACCAAAGCCUACAUUCCCUGCAUAUACACAGUCUACAGCUUCAACCACUAGUACAACAAAUAGCACUGCAGCUAAACCAGCAGCUUCCAUAACAAGUAAGCCUGCUACACUUACCACAACCAGUGCAACCAGUAAGUUGAUCCAUCCAGAUGAGGAUAUAUCGCUGGAAGAGAGAAGAGCACAGUUACCUAAAUAUCAACGUAAUCUUCCUCGACCAGGACAGGCUCCCAUUGGUAAUCCACCUGUUGGACCAAUUGGAGGUAUGAUGCCGCCGCAGCCAGGCAUCCCACAGCAACAAGGAAUGAGACCCCCAAUGCCACCUCACGGUCAGUAUGGUGGUCAUCAUCAAGGCAUGCCAGGUUACCUUCCUGGUGCUAUGCCACCAUAUGGGCAGGGACCGCCAAUGGUGCCCCCUUACCAAGGUGGGCCUCCUCGACCUCCGAUGGGAAUGAGACCUCCUGUAAUGUCACAAGGUGGCCGUUACUGAUCUUACUUCAUCCAGUCUAAUAGGUUUGGAGAUUAAACCUUUUCUCAACUUGUGCUGUUUAUAUAGCCAAGCUUCCGUCAAUAAGGCAUCAUUGUGACUUUAACAAAAACAUUAUCUUCCCACAUACCAGGAACUAUUGGACAUUUAUUUUACAUGGGAAAAUUUAUUUGGAAUAAUAAAGCAGGAACUUUUCCUGAAGUUGCAAUUUAUACUGUAUGGCUUCUUUUUCAUGUUUCAUCUAGGUUUUUAGAAGUGAAGUAUAGUAAAUUUGGUUCGUUAUAUUGUGAAGGCGCUGGAAUUACAUGAACAUACCACCUUAAUAAAGGCAAGUUCUGUAAGCUUACAUUGCUAUUUGUAAAGUUAUGCCUUCACAGCAUUUCAGAUGCUGUUGGACUUCAUGUCCCCAACCUAGCUUGGUGAGGGCUGUAACUGUCUUCAAGUACCUGUACAUUGGAAGUCUGAAUGUGUAACAAUAUUUAAUGUAUUUAGAGUUCCUCAUGUUGCAGGGUUUAAGAAAUCUGACCCUCCAAGGUCAUGUGACUUUUCUGUACUGUUAAACUUCAUUGUAAUAAAAUGAGAGAAAAAUUUAUGCCUUUUUAUUCAUAACCCAGCUGUGGACCACUGCCUGAAAGGUUUGUACAAAUGCAUGCCAGAGUAGAUGUCCACAUAAUAAAAAUUCGUAGUUACCAAUGCAAUUUUGAUAUAUCAUUGGAUUCUGUCAUUGAAUUGUAGGUUGUUCGUUAGCUGCAUGUUUUUAACUGGACAGUAUAUGUGGAAUUGUAUGUUAAUCCUUCAGUUGACAAAAGACUUAGAGAUAUAUAUAUAUGGGUCAUUAUAUGAGUAUGAAAUCUUUAUAUUGUGUCACCUUUCUACCCCCUUGGUGUCAGUACAUGUUAGAUAUCAUAAAGACUUACAAUGUAAAUCCUGAUAUUCCCUUCUUCCUGCUGCUGAUGUUUAGAGCCUAGUGCCAGACCCAUUCAUUUCCUUUUGAUUAUAUUUGAAACUGCGGUACUGAGUGGACCUCAGAAGCUUUUCAGGUGCAAAAUUCUAGAAGCUUAGGUGCAUGCAGUAAUAGCCUUUUGUGCUGUUAAUGACUGGUAUGUAUUCUAAGUGUAAUUAUGAGAAUCUAAAUGUGCAUCUGUUAAGAUGGUUAACAGAUGGAUUUGAAAUUUUUUACUAUGUUCCUGGAAGAUUUCAUUAUUUCUUUGAUUAAAUGGCUGCCUUCUGUUACUAAGCCUAAAUGGCUUUUUUGCUGUUAACCUUUUCAUCCUUGGAAAUUUGAAUGUUAAAACUGUUCUAUGGAGAACUUUUCUGUAGAGAUGACUGCUAUUAUUCAGUGUCUUGUGUUGCAAGUCUCAUAAUAAUAGCUUGUUGACCACUUUUUUGGCAUCUAUUUUUAAAUCUUUUUUAGAAUACUUUUAUGAUUAUUUAAGUGUCAAAUGACCUGUACAAAGUAUAAUUAUUAUGAACUCAAGUUUAGUUUUCCUCGAUAUAAAAUUAAGACGGGCAAGGAAAUAACAUUUCUCUAUAACCUUACGUGGAGGUGUAGGUAUCAGACAGAAUCUGAAGUUUUGUUUUAAAAAAAAAAGUUUAACCAUGUAACAAAAUACUAAAGGAUGUUUUAAUUAUCAUAAAAGAGUCUGUAUAUAAACGACAAGUGAAGUCAUUGAUUUAAAGAAAACACAAAGUAUUACAAAGCUGAGUGCCAUUUGUUUCGCUCCAGUGGUGGUGUAGCUCCUGUGCUAUUUAUCACCAGGAAAGCAUUUCUUUCUCUACCCCCUUUCUUAACCAGCGCCUGUGUACCUAGAUAAUUUUGGAAUUAUCAUAUACUUCUUAGAUUUAGCAGUAGGACUAUCAUAGUGGCAAAGAAAGACCUCUGUUGAGAAUCUUUAAGGUCAAAAUGGCAUAAUUUAAAUUUAGAAUUAUUAAAUAGGAAAUGUUUUCCCAAAUCAAAUGUCUCCCAAGCAUUUCAUGUACAGGGUUAUCAACAAACCAGGAAUGGAUGAUAGCAAUAGGGCAGAGGGGCAGGAAGAGGGUAAAAAUGGAUUAGUAAUGUUUCAAAAUUUUGCAAAGCUUCAUUUGCAUUUAAUGCAAAGAAAACCAAUAUAUUGAGAUUGCUUUCUGAGAUCCAUAAGGAGAAAACACUGCUACUUUUGAAUAAAGGGUAGAAUUCUAAUUAGAAGUUAUUUUAAUGUUAUGCACAGCACUUAGGCACAUCAUCUCUUGUGUUUGUAUAUGUAUGGCUCAGAUGGUACCCAUUUGGUAUAUUUAAUGUGUAAUUUGUGCAUGCAUCAGAGCAUAAUAAGCUUCUAGAACAUACCUUUUACCUAACUGCUUCUGGGGUCCAUAUUAUGGUUCAGUAAUGAAUGGAACAACUUAUGUUGAAGCAAUUUUAACUCUUUGACUUAACUUUCUUAAAUAAUGGAUGGAGUUCAGCUUAAGUAAACUUCAUCUGCCCUCACAGAAGACAGCUUUGGGGACCCCAUUAUAUACAAGCACGCAUUGUGAUUAACAUAAUUUAGGACGUUGUCAGAUUAAUGAGACUGCCAGCUUUGGCUCUAGCAUACAUCCAUUGUCACCACUUGAAAAAAAAGAACCAUCAUUUUUGUCUGGCACUAGUUUCUAUUAUGUAGCUUUUACUACUGUAUGACAGUAACAAGGCCAGCAGGUGAGGAUCAACUUUUGAGUGACUGCUGGAAUAUCAUUUGACUUGAAUACUUACUGUCUUAGCAAUCUUUCACACAUUUAUCAAUUAGAAAUGGGGUAAAUAUUCUUUGAGCCCUCCUAUUCCACUGAUCAAGUUACAUAAUUGAACUCAGUUUAAUUAAAUUUAGUUAUUUGUGGGGGUGGGGGAGAGUCCCAGUAAAAGUAUGGACUCGGAAUUACAGUGGACAAUAGGUUUUUUUUUUUAAAGAGCUACUCCUUUUUUCCUAUGCUUGCUUGAUCAUUGGGAUUUUUUUUAAUGCAUGUCUUUUAAAUUAAUUGGGUAAUGUUUUUCUAAAAUUAAAAUUUUCUUCUUCCUAUAGCCCUGCCAUAGGACAGGCUGAGGCUGAGUCUCAGUGUUGCCCUGUUCAGUCUGAGGCAAGUGGGAUUUAUUUUAUUCCUUAUAGGGGCUUUCACAGCUUUAUGGCUGUUGGAUAUUCAUGUCCCCAAACUUGCAGCAAGUUUGGUGAAGGCCCCUAAAUUUAAUUAAAUUUAGGGUUUUUAUACUCUUUUGGCAGAGAAGGCUCUAUAUUAAUAUUCACGUUUGACUGUGGUGUUAAAAUAUUUGACAUGUAAUUUGUGUUACAUAAUUCUUAACAGCCUCAGUAAAGCUGGUAUUACUUAUAUGAACUUUAGUAAAUUGACAAAAUUUGACAUUCUUGAUUUGGAGGCCUGAUAUGUUUCAUUCAAAUUUUCCCUUUCACUUUUUAGGAAAAUCUGACUGGUUAUUUUCUUCUCAAACUGUUAAAUUUAACCUCAAGGAUAAGUUUAAUCAUUAGACAUGCCACUGGAUAGUGAAAUCUGCUUUUUUAAUCCCAAAGUUAUGCAUUGAAGGUUGAAAGGCCAUCUGGAAAUACUUGUGAUUUUUAAUAUAUAUAAAUCUCACCACAUUAGAGCAAAUGUUAAUGUAGAGCCCUGUGAAAAGUGGGAAGAUGGUGUGUAUGUGUGGUAUGUAUGCGUAUACACUACACAUUUGGUAUAAAAAACAUUUGGGUAUUACGACUUACAGUAUGGCUGGAUUAUUUUCAAGCAGUCAAACUGAAAUUGUAUCACAUAGCAAAGUUAGUAUAUUGAACUGUGGUUUUGGAAUGACUAUUGUGAGUUUCAUUUUUAUCUUUACUGAGCAAUAUUUGAUGCAAUAUGCACACAUGAAAAGCAUCUAUGUAUGUUUCCAACCAAAAAUUGGUUUGAUUUGGUUAAGAAAAGUAUUUACGUGUAUAUGUUGUAGGGGGCAAGUAAAUGGGGAACUGGAAGAGAGGCCAAAUCAUUAACUUGGAUUACUUUUGUACCUUCCUGUGUUAAAGCCAUCAUUCUAUGCAGAUAGCAUUUUCCUCUGACAGUAACAGUUAACGUAUUAGCAAACUCAGGCUUGUGUUUCUAUGUGGUUUUAAUUCUUGGAAGCGUAAAGAAAGACAUUCAGUGAAUUCCAGAUUUUCACAUCUGUAACUAGAACGUAUGCUUUUCUCUGUAACUGAAUCAUGGAAAGAAGAUAACAAUGUUUGAAAAAAGAAUAUGUCACCACAGAAAAAUUCCAUUGGAAUAUUUUACUCCCUGUUCAGUAAUUGCACCUUUUAAGACUCCUUAGUUGGAGGUGCUUUCUGUUACAGCCACCAUUGCCCCAAUAUAUUGAAGUAUUCAAGAGUGAAGUUGCUUGUCCCAAUUCUAAUAGUGAUCAUUGAAAUAAUUAUAAUUGGAAUAUACUCUUAAACAUUUGAGUGCUGGGGUGGGAGGGAUUUUCUAAGGGUGACAAUUUAUUGAAGGUGAUAAGAUGUAGAUCCUUUGAACUGUGUAGUUCUGUGAUUCAGACAAAUAACAAUUUUAAGAAUUACUUAACUUUCAGGUGUCUAUCAUGUCCACUGGUAAAACUUGGUAAAUUACGGAAAGGAAAUGUUGAAGUCACUUACAUUCUGAGAUAAAAUUUUGUUUAAACUGACACUUGUGUUGGUUAUGAGAUUUUUUUUUAAGUAGGAAACAUGUAACCUAAAAUUUGUAUAAAUCAGGUAUGUCUUUUUUUUAAGGUGGUAUUUAUCUACCAUAUUGAAUAACUUUUGUAUGUUAUUCCAAAAUGAAACUGGUUCUCUCUUACUCUUUUAUGGAAGUCUUCUAAAAGAAAGGAUUCAUUAUGAGACUAUUGACUAUAAGGCAGAGUUUUGUAAGUAAACAUUCUCCCAAUUAUACUUCUGCUUGCAAUCCUCAUGAUUUGAAUAUUAGUGUAGGUUACUCCUCUCUUAACCUUCUUUCUCAAUAUUUUAUUUUCUGUUAACUGAAUCAUUUUAAUAAAUAACCAUUUGUUUUUAUAGCAUAUAAAUCAUCUAACAUUUCUGUGUGAUUUCUUGGCAAAAUAAGCAACUACCUAUAGUGUUACACACAUAUUGGAUAUUCACAAUUUUGUGGUUAAAAUAUCUCCAAUAUUUCCAGGUGUUUUCGUGUUUUUAUUUGGCAUUGUGUUGGAAAAUACAGUUUUUAAAAGAAACUAGAUUCUUCGUAAGGUUGGAGAAGAACUGCUUUUUUAUAAGCAUUGUUUUCCCUGACCUUUUGCAUAGUAAUUUGGCCAUAAAAGGAAAAGCCUUUCAUUUUCUUCCCAACUCAAAAAAGAAUAGUGUGAAACUUACUAGUUUGAAAUUAUUGAACCCUCUCUCUUUAAACUUAAUUAAUCUCAUGUAAUCUCAGGGGAAAUUAUACUAGUCAGGAUGUAGAAGUCAUUUUAGGGUAGAAAUUGGAGACCCAAAGUCAAUCUUCACUGAAGCUAGUUUGAACUAUUUAUUUCUAUUUGACGCAAAUUGAACAUAGUAUUGUAAAUGAAGACUGGUUCAUAGUUAGGUUCUUUAGAAGGCAAAUAAUCACCAGCUUUCUUAUGAAAAUGUUUGUAUAUUGUAAUUUCUGUCAAAUUAACUGCAGAGAAAAUACAUGUGAGUAAGCUGUUCGAACAAUUGAUACUUGGAUCCCAGCCAUUAAUUCCAAAUAUUGUAGUGCUAUGUAAAGUUGUGAUGCAGCACAGCUUCAGUAAUGUGCUGUGUUGGGUCAGGGGUUUUUGUAAUGCUUUGUGUGUAAAUGGGGAAGUUCUUUAUUGGAAUUUUCCAGGCCUUUUGGCAUUCUUACUGUGUCUGGGUUUUGUUUUUUAACCAUUAUUAUAGUUAAGAAUUGUAUGUUUUGGUUUAAUUGUAUGUUCAGUUUUGGUUUAAAUAUAAAGAACUGGCAGUGAAAUUCAUUGAUGCCCAACUUGGAUAAAAAUGAACAAUGUUGUUUACCCAGCUUACUACACACAAACCAGUAGUGAUUAUUUGGGAGAAGCCAUUGUAUAGUGUUAUUGACUUUUUUAAGAACCAUAAAUAUAACGAAAAGUGACAGCAUUCUGGCCUUGGUUUACAUUCAUUAUGAAAGGUUUCACCAAAUCAUUUAUUACAUUGUACCUUGUUAACAUUUUAUUCAUGAAUAGUUUGGUGGUCAGUCAAAGAUGAAAAUAAACAAGAUUUGCUGCAUCAUUUCCCUGUUUCUAUUAAUAAAGCAAGGCUGCUUAAGUACCCAAGUGGACCAAGGAAAGAGUAAAGUUUCUGGAAGUUUGAGUUAGAAAGUGAGACAUUUUAGUUAUUGAACAGAGCCUUCCCUUUCAGUUACUAGCUUGUUUACUAUACUUGUAGGAGAAGCAAUAGAAUUUACUUUUCUGCCCGGGUUCUUAAAAUUGAAAAUCUUCAGUAUAAGGAAAUGAAGUCAAGUAUUUUAAAAGUUGAAUCUUAAAAUAUUCAAGUUUACCCUUUUAGAGUAACCCGUGUUUUCAUAGUACACAUACCAAAAUAGUUUAUUAAAAUUGAGAUGUAUCCAAGAGAUAUACAGUAUUACUAACUCAUUCUCGUAAGAUCACUCUAAAUUUAAUAGCCAAAAUAAGGGAAUUUUUUAAGACUUAGGGAAAAAAAUUUAAUUAUUAAUGUCAGACUCUGAGGAAAUUUUAUGCGCAUUGACUUUUUAAACUGAAUUGAACUCCUCAGUUUAAUACAAUUUGUGUUUUUGUUAACUAGCAGCAGAAUUUCAGCAUUUGCUACUUACUGGUAGAGAAGAAAAAUCCCACAGCCCUGCCAGUACAGGUUAGUUUAAUCUGUAAGUACCUGAUGUUCCUAUUUUUUUUGAAACAUAUCCAUAUAACCCACACAAGGAAGAAAGCUGUGCAGUUAUUAAAUGUGAGUAUGAUAAUAGAGAUCCAUUGGACACUUUCACACACACAUUAUUUGGGCCAAAGUAGCUCUAGGUUUGAUCACCUUAGUUGUAAUAAAGGUGUGAUACUGCUCCUUUAUUAUCUGGUUAUGAUUGAACCAAAAUAGAUGAGUUGUACAUAGGAGGAAGACUGUGGAAGUUUCAAUUGGCUGUAUGCUCAUGUUGGUAUAUAGAGUGCAGGUGUUUGACUUCAGGGUCUCCUACUUAAGCCACUCCUGUGGUGGAACUCAUACUUUUUAAACUUUUUACAAUAUGAAUCAACAGACAAAAAAGUCAUGUUUCCUCACCUCUAGCAGUGAUAAAUGACAUGCAAUCAUAAGCUAGAAAAUUUUUUUCAUACCUUUUUUGAUCUUACAUGUUUUUAGCAACUUUUGCUGUAAUUAAGUACUGAUUUUGUUCAUGUUUUUUGGUACACUAUAACUUACUCUGUUGGUGCACCACCACUGUGGGUUCAUUUUAUUUUGAACUAAGCAAUAUUUUAAUUACCAAAUGAACGCUGACUAUCAAGAAUUCUAGACAGGUUUCUUUGUGUAUUCCUUUUGAGGGGCAGUGAGGACAUAACCUUGUUAUGAAAGUUAUAUUAAAGUUUUUGUUAGUUUCAUUAGUUCUACUAGGAUUCAUUGUCGACUUGAACCAUCCUUCAAAUAUUUCCUUUAAGCUGUAAAUAUGCUUUUAUGUUGAUAAAAAUUUUCAAUACCGAGGAGAGAAGAAGAAAGUGUACAAUUUAGUUUACACAAGCCUGAACAAUUCUCCAGUCUGUAUGGCUUCCUUACCUAAGUGUAAAGUUGUGUAAUAUGGGACAGUCUGUUCAUAAAACUAGCUGAUCUUUUAUUCCUAUUAAACUGGGAUGGUGAUGAGCCACUGAAAACAGAUCAUCUCAAUGUUAAUAUGGAAGUCAUGUUUUCAGUUAAGUGUUCUAAUGACCUUGAUUUAUCAACUGAUAAUAUUUUUUAUAAGAUACUAGCUUGGUUUUUUUUAUAUAAAAUUGCCUAAGGGCUUAAGUUUCAUUGCCUUUCACAGUUUAAUCUGUAUAAGAAAUGUAGAUACAGUGGAAAUGGUUUUCCUUAAAACCAUCUCUUUAAAGCUGCUUUGCUGGUGAGUACUUACUAUAUUUUAUACUUCGUAUAUUACUAUUUUUCUAAAGUUGGACACUUUGAUGCAGUGUCUUGAGUUUCCGUGUUCUUCAGCUAUUAUCUGAAUCAACUCCUCACAGUUCCUAAUAAUUAGGGCUCACUUUUUUUCUGACCUUCACUUACUAGACUAUAACGUCAGAAACUUUUAACAUGUAAAUUAUUUCCUUUUGGUGAGAUAGGAAAAAUGUUUUUGCUCAAAACUAACAUUUAAGGAAAGUCUUUUACAGAUGUUUUUGUAGUUGACAGAAAUUUUCUUUCUCAGUGCUUUUGAUUGCCAUUUUACAUAGGUAUAAAAUUUAAAGACCAGAAUUUCUGUCUGUCUAGCAAUUCCUGAGCAGUUAGUUAACUGAGAGUAGAGAAGAAAAGUUUGCCCAAAAUGGUCGUGCAGACUAAUUGCUUACAGAGAAGCCUGUGAGUGAAGCUUGAAAAUUUCAAAUGUACUCUUAAAUCAUUCUAACCUUGCAUGAAAAGCUUUGGUUGGAAUACUGAUUUCUGGGACUGUGUAUACCAGUGGAAAUUAGCUUGAGUAUAUUUCUAAUUACUUGAUCCCUGUUUAAUCAUUUUAUCACGUGGAUUUUUUCCCCCCUUUAGCUUUUAGUCACAUCCUAGCUGAUGUCAAUAUACGCUAAGGAUGUUUUCAGAUUGUUUUUCCUGCUGUGAUCUAUGUAAGUCAGUAAUAAAGAGGCAACUCUUACUUUUUAGUAUGAAGAGUGAUCAUCUUCUAAAACCUGAAAAUUGAUAUCUGAGUAUGUGAUAAUGGUGAUGUAUUGUUCUAGAUAAGCACUAAACAAAGUGUGGACCCUCAAUUGAUGUCUUUAAGAUUUAAAGUGAAGUAUAUUUCUAAGGAACUCUGUCCUUUCCUAGCAAGGAUAAGGAGACGCUGAAAAUUCGGUAAGUAUGUAACUUUAAAUGCAUGUAAUAUUUGGAUAAAUAGCUAAAUUUCCAUGGUUUAAGGUAAUAUCUAGAAAUGAACAAGAAUUAUUGAAUAUCCUUUGCGACUUAAUGUGUCUAGCAUUUUUACAAGUUUGUGUGCACACUGAUUAAAUUGAAAGGUACCUUAC